AUUUCUGGGCCGGCGGCAGUCGCUGCUUUGUAAGAAACCGGGUUGCCUUGUAAUUACCGUCCCCUUUCGCAAACAUCCAAGGCUGUCAUUUGCAGCUGUCCGGUGCUUAAUUCCCUGCAAAUAAGCUUUCAGUUUGGCAAGCGCAAACGUCGAGCUUUUAGAUGCCCUUGGUGAGCAGCGCGGUAGCAGCAGCUGCCUCUUCUCCUCUUGCCUGUGCUUGGCCCAUCCAAACGUACCAUGUCUAUCGCACACACUGCGGGCGAGUAUAUGCUCUCGGAUGCUUUGCUUCCGGAUCCGAAUGGCUCCAGGCAAAGGGGCUUCGCUUGGAGCUGUCGUGACCGUAUUGUGAAGUUUGUCACUGUGGGGCUGCCCCUCCUGCUCGUGUCCCUGUCAUUUGCGCGUGAAUUUUCGUCGGGCUCCCAGAUCAGUUGCUUCUCUCCUGCCAACUUCACAGGGAAGCAAUCGGCGUACGUCGACGCUGUGUGCUGGGACUCCUUGCUUCACUAUGACUACGAUACUAUGGGAGACUCUCGAUCCAGAUCCCUCUGGGUCCUCAAGGUCUUCCCAUAUUCCUUGCUGGUGAUUGCAGUUGCCAUGUACCUGCCUUCUCUGCUCUGGAGAUAUGCAGCUGCCUCGUCACUGAACUGCGACCUGCUCUUCAUCAUCGAUGAGCUGGAUAAAUCCUACAACCGGUCCAUCCGCUUAGUGCAGCACAUGGUGAAACUACAACAGUCUGGUACCGACCCAGAAGAGCUAUGGGAGGAAUAUGACAAGGCUCGCAGGGAACGCUAUUUUGAAUUCCCAUUACUGGAGAGGUACCUCACUUGCAAGCAGCGCUCCUACUACCUCGUUGGGGUCUACGUGCUACGGAACCUCCUCCUCCUCUUCCUCCUCGCUGCCACCUGCUUCUACUUGGGCUACUUCCACGUGGGCGUCUUUUUCCAAGAUGAGUUCAGCUGCAACCAUCAAGGUGGGUGGCUAAGAGAUGAGCUUCACAUCCCAGGCUCUGUCCCCUGCAAGCUCGUCUUCUUCACCGUCUUCCAGGUGACCAGCAUCUGCAUUGGGUGUGUGUACGUCCUUCUGGGGCCCGUCGUCAUCUACCACCUGCUCCAGCUGUGCCAGUGGGACAAGCGGCUCCUAUCCAUCUAUGAGAUGCUGCCAGCUUUUGACCUCCUAAGCAGGAAGAUGCUGACCUGCCCUCUGAAUGACCUGAACAUCAUUUUGCUGUUCCUGCGUGCCAACAUCUCGGAGGUCAAGUCCUUCAGCAGGCUGAGCGUGCUGUGCACCUUGAGGGAUGUCAGGGCGGAUAAGGAAGACAUUGACACGGUGGUGGAUUUUAUGACCCUCUUGGCUGGUCUGGAGAUGUCGAAGCCUAAGCACAAUCUCUGUGCCAAUGGAAACUCGCCUCAUCCCAACAGUGAAAUUAUUGAAAUGAAGCCUGCAUUGGAAUCUAAAGAAGACUGACAUGCCCAACCGGCAGUGGACUAUAGACCGGGAAGCAAACAGCAGAGGAAAUGGGACUGGUGAACAGUGCUAGAACACAAAGACAGCCGGUGGCCCCAUCCUGUGUACAGCAAUAUGCUGUGUGCUUUCAUCGUGAUUCUAAGUUGUAUCAUGUUUCCCUGGUACAGGACUGCACCAUCCUAAGUGCUUGCUUGCUUAUUGGGUACAAAGUCCAUAGAAUUUAAUAUUUGGAAUACGAUUCUUGCACGCUGGCUAUUGGUUGCUGGCAAAUGUCUUUGUAUUGUUUUAGGCUUUAUGUACUCAUAAGGUUAGGCUGCCAGUUGUUCUGGCAGAAUCCUGGGCCUUUUAAGUGGCGCUGCAGACAGAUCGAACUUUUCUACCAUGGCAAUUGUGAUUCACCUGUUUAAUAUCUGUUACAAACCUGCUGAAGGUGCAACGGCCUUUUCAUGAAAAAAAAAUAGUGGCUUUCUUAUGUUGUAUGCUAAUCUUCACCUUACCUACAGCCCAUUUGUCUCCCUUGCUGUGUUCAUUCUGCAAACUAAUCAUUAUAGGUAAAUUUAAUGUCACACUGAUCAGUUUGGGACCGUGCUCCUGUCUGACCUGGUUCUGAUGUAGAAACCAUGUUUCUAGCUGGAUCACAUCAACCUGAACACAAAGUAAUCCAUAUAUUCCAUUUUAAACACUAGUCCAGUCUAUCGUUGAGAAUCUAUUAUCUCAUGAAUAAACAGAACCAGAAAUAUAUCUAUGAAAGUU